AUGGGCAAAAAGCGUCUGCCAUGGGAAGCGCAAAAGGUGAAUCUCGACCACUACCACAUGGGCACAGAUAAACCUGAAGGCCACCAAAUCUUUGCCCACGCCAUCGCGAUUUGCAGGCACAAAAAGAACCCUGACGGAGCAUCCCCCCUGGGAGCAUCCCCCCCGGGAGGAGAGAUUAUUCAACAUUCCAUGGAUGACCAGUUUCUCUUCGAGGAUACCUCGAAAGGCCAAGAAACCCUGUACGCAAGGAGAGAUCCCAGCGUCCAAGUGUUUUCCUUAAAUACUGCCGAGAUUGGGUUCGUGAAUGCCACAUGCCUAUUGUUUUUUCCUCAUUACAAGGUUGCCAAAAGUUUCAAGUGGGACACUGCAGACCGCGGCCAGGUUGAAAAUAAAGUCGGCGAUAUUUUUACGAUUGGGCAGAGAUCAUGGAUCAUGAGCUGGACCCCAGAAGGCACGAGCAAGAGCACACCCCACCUGUGCACAUUUGGCCGAAACAUGAUCACACGCUACUCGGGCGUGGUUCCCAUGGAUAAGCUGGUCGAGCUCGAACCUCACGAGCUUGAACAGUGGAGAAACCAGAAAGCACUUCCUGCCUGGUCGUUCGAGCAAUCUACUUGGUCAACUGAUCAACAUCACACAAGCGCCUGCUGUAAGCACGGCAAGGGCGCCUGCUUAGCAGAUGGGGGUCCAGAUAUAGUAGAUCAGAUGCGCCGUGAGCAUGAGAGAGAGAGGUCUCUCGGCUAG